AUAAAUUCACUGAUCAUAUAUCAAAUAUAUAUUAUCAACUAAAAAUGAAGAUCGUCGCUCUUGUCUCUCUCACAACUAUACUUGUUGUUGCAUCUUUCGCCACACUGGGGUUUGCAUCAGAUCCUAGUCCCCUGCAAGAUUUUUGUGUUGCUGUUAAUGAUGCCAAGUCUGCUGUUUUUGUGAACGGGAAGGUCUGCAAGGACCCUAACAUGGUUGUGGCUGAAGAUUUCUUUCUUUCGGGCUUAAACAAGCUUGGAAAUACAUCAAAUCCACUUGGAUCGAGGGUCACUCCUGUUAAUGUGAAUCAACUUCCAGGGCUCAACACUUUGGGCAUUUCUGCUGUUCGUAUAGACUAUGCACUAAAUGGACUAAACCCACCCCACACACACCCACGCGCCACCGAGAUUCUAGUUGUGUUAGAAGGCACUCUUUAUGUUGGUUUUGUCACUUCAAACCCAGCUAAUCCUGCCCUGAAAAACAAGCUAUUCACAAAGUAUUUGUACCCUGGGGAUGUUUUCGUCUUUCCAGAGGGUUUGAUACAUUUUCAAUUUAAUGCGGGGAAGACCAAUGCGGUCGCCUUUGCUGGUCUGAGCAGCCAAAAUCCAGGUGUCAUUACUAUUGCUAAUGCAGUGUUUGGUUCGGAUCCAUCAAUUAAUCCAGCUGUUCUGACAAAGGCGUUCCAAGUUGAGAAGAACGUUAUUGACUAUCUUCAAGCGCAGUUCUGGUGGAACAUUGAUUUAUCAACUAAAAUGAAGAUCGUUGCUCUUGUCUCUCUCACGACUAUACUUGUUGUUGCAUCGUUCGCUACAUUGGGGUUUGCGUCAGAUCCUAGUCCCCUACAAGAUUUUUGUGUUGCUGUUAAUGAUGCCCAGUCUGCUGUUUUUGUGAAUGGGAAGGUCUGCAAGAACCCUAACAUGGUUGUGGCCGAAGAUUUCCUUUUCCGGGGGCUAAACAAGCCCGGAAAUACAUCAAACCCACUUGGAUCGAGGGUCACUCCUGUUAAUGUGAAUCAACUUCCAGGGCUCAACACUUUGGGCAUUUCAGCAGUUCGUAUAGACUAUGCACCAAAUGGUCUAAACCCACCCCACACACACCCACGCGCCACUGAGAUUCUAGUUGUGAUAGAAGGCACUCUUUAUGUUGGCUUUGUGACUUCAAAUCCAGCUAACCCCGCCUUGAAAAACAAGCUAUUCACCAAGUAUUUGUACCCUGGUGAUGUUUUCGUCUUUCCAGAGGGUUUGAUACAUUUUCAAUUUAACGUCGGAAAGACCAAUGCGGUCGCCUUUGCUGGUCUGAGCAGCCAAAAUCCAAGUGUCAUUACUAUCGCUAAUGCAGUGUUUGGUUCCGAUCCGCCAAUUAACCCAGCGGUUCUGACAAAGGCGUUCCAGGUUGAGAAGAACGUGAUUGACUAUCUUCAAAAGCAGUUCUGGUGGAACAUCGAUUAAAUGACAAAACCUCAUCAUAAGAAA